AGAGUCUGGAAGAAAACAUCGCGCUUCUUGUCAGAUCCUCUUUCCGUUUGCUCGAUCUACUUUAUUUGCCACCUUUAUGCUUGACUGCUAGUGUUUGGGGAAAACCUGUCAGUGAGGCUGUAAACCGGAUUGUUCGGCAGCUCCACGCAACGCCCCCACCCCCCGCAAUUGCUUCUCCCUGUUGGAGCAGAGCUGUGUGUGUAACUCAGGACAAAGCUGCUGCAGUUCAGAGGAGCGAGGAGAAGCAGCCGGUCAGAUUCCAGAGACUUGGUGUUUUCACUCCUGUUUGUUUAGCUCAGGGUUUGGGAAGGUCUCCUAUGUUCCGGGUUGUGCUGCUUAGCCGGGUGUCACCCCGCAUGUUCCCACUUCUGGCUGCCGUGCUGUUCCAGAGGAAAGAGAGGAAGGAUAGAGGGCUCUCUCAAUGGCGGCGUGAGAAGCAUCCUUACUACAACCUCACAGUAAAAGUCCUCAGAGCCAGAAACAUCCAGGGUACAGACCUGUUGUCCAAGGCAGACUGCUUUGUGAAAUUGCGUCUACCGACUGCAUCUCCAAUCACUUAUCAAACUCAGGUUGUUGACAACUCCAGUAAUCCAGAGUGGAAUGAAACCUUCCAGUACAGAAUCCACAGUGCUGUCAAGAACAUUCUGGAGUUGUCUCUCUUCGACGAAGAUGUCCUGAUAAAUGAUGAACUUACUUCUAUUGUCUUUGAUGUGGGGGGUAUAAAGCCAGGCCAACCUUUAAAGCGCACUUUCAAGUUAAACCCAGAGGCUCAGGAGGAGUUGGAUGUAGAGUUCUACUUAGAAAAAUGCUCAGAUGCCCCUACUGAGAUCCUCACCAACGGUGUCCUUGUGGCUCGUCCCUGCCUGUGUCUCCAAGGUGUAAUCAACAAAGAUCAGAAGUCAAAGCAGAGUGAAAAGGGGAGCUGUCAGAUCAAGCUAUCAAUACCGGGGGCCUAUGAGAAACAGUUGUGCAUUCCUUGCAGAGUGGACAAUGAUCAAGAUUUUGGGACCCCAUUUGUCUUUCAUGUAGACAAAGAAAUGUGUCCAGACCUGGAGGUGGAACUGGAGCAAACGAUAACUGUCUUACAGGAUGAAAUAAGCUCUGAUCUGGAAAAGCACACUACACUUCUGGGACAGGGAACCGUACCAGUUAAAUCACUUCCUGUUGGACAGAAAGUAGACAUGGCUGUUCCUUUAGGAGAGGGACAAAGUUUGGAUCUGAGUGUGAAGGCUGAAGAGAGUACUUGGGAUCUUGAUGUACGCCUUGGUUUUGGCCUCUGUGAAGAAGAGAGAGAAUUUUUGGACAAGAGGAAGAAAAUAGUUUCUCAGGCACUAAUGAAGACACUUAAGUUAAGAGAAGCCCCUGGGAAAGAUGAGGUCCCAGUGGUAGCAGUUUUGGGAUCAGGUGGUGGGACUAGAGCACUGACAUCAUUCUAUGGCAGCCUGUCUGGGCUUCAGCAGCUCGACCUUUUGGACAGUACAAUGUAUCUGUGUGGAAUUUCAGGUUCUACUUGGUGUUUGUCUGCACUGUAUCAAGACACAGACUGGUCCUGUAAGGACCUCCAAGGUGCAAUCAGCAAUGCCAGGGAUAAUGUAUCUAGUAGCAAAGCAGGGGCAUUUUCGUCAGAACGAUUGAAAUAUUACUUCCAGGAGCUGAACUCAAUGGAGAAUGGUGGACGGAAAGUCUCUUUCACAGACUUGUGGGGCCUUAUUAUAGAGUAUUUUCUAUAUCGGAAGGAAGACUUGUCAAAGCUGUCUGACCAACAGGAAGCAGUGAAGAGGGCACAGAACCCCUAUCCCAUCUAUGCAGCAAUCAAUGUGAGGCCCAAUAUUAGCGAUGAUGACUUUGCAGAGUGGUGUGAGUUCACUCCCUAUGAGGUUGGAUUCCGGAAGUAUGGAGCCUUUGUCCGAACAGAAGACUUUGACAGUGAGUUCUUCAUGGGGCGGCUGAUCCGGAAACGUCCAGAGCCCAGGAUCUGCUAUCUGCAGGGAAUGUGGAGCAGUGCCUUUGCUGCAAGUCUGGAUGAUGUCUUUCUGAAGAUGGUUGGUUCAGGACUGAGCUUUCUAGAUUCUUUGAAAGAUGUAAUCAGAGUCAUAGAUGAUUGCCAAAGAUUCCAUUUUCGGGAAGCCACUCGGUUAAAGACUCGUCUGGUUAUACCAGGGGGACCCUUAUUACAAAUUUUCCAGGAUUUCUUCAAGUCCCGUGUCACCUCUGGGGAAACCUUCAACUUCAUGCAAGGCUUGUACCUUCACAGGAAUUAUGUCAACAACAGGCAUUUUGUAGCUUGGAAAGGUACACACCUUGAUGCUUUUCCCAACCAACUGACUCCCAUGGAAGACAGCCUGUACCUGGUAGAUGGUGGUUUUUCGAUCAACUCUCCCUUUCCCGUGGUGCUCCAGCCAGAAAGAGAUGUAGAUGUCAUCCUGUCAUUUAACUACUCUUGGGAUGCUCCGUUUGAGGUUUUACAGUUGACUCAGAAAUACUGUGAAGAACAGGAAAUCCCCUUUCCACAAAUCAUCUUGAGUGAGGAAGAUGAGAAGAAGCCAAAAGAAUGUUACAUGUUUGUGGAUGAUGAAAACCCUAAAGCUCCCAUAGUACUUCACUUCCCACUGGUGAAUGAUACAUUCCGGAAAUACAAAGCACUGGGAAUAGAACGUGAGUCAGAAGAUGAGAAAUCCUUUGGUGAUUUUGUCAUUGAGGUAAAAGACUCUCCUUACCGCACACUAAACUUCACCUUUGAGCCUUAUGACUUUGACAGGCUGGUGGAAGUGAACUGCUACAAUGUUCUGAACAACAAGGACAUGCUCCUAAAGGCCCUAAAUUUGGCUCUGAGCAGGAGGAAGCUGAAGAAGGGGAAUGGGCAAUGACAACCUUCUUGGCAUAGGACGUGGAAGGACUGCAAUGCACCAAAGGAAUAUGGUUCAAGUAGUACUCCUGAGGGAAUUCUGUGCCACUGUGUAUGCAUAAUUAAUAAGCCAUGCAUAUUUUAAAUUUUUUAUGCAGAAAAAAGCUUUUUCUGGAAAGUUUCUGCAGUUGUGCCUUUUCCCCAUCAGAGAGCACUGUGGUGAUAGAACAGAGCAGCAGUUCCUGGCCAGCUAGGGAAGAGAAAGCACCUGCAGAGCCUUCUUCACAGCACCUUUUGGGCCAGGUCAGGAGACAGUGCUAUGGGGAGACAGACAAUGUGGGGCUGCUGGGGCUCAGACAGGGACUCAUAAUGGCUAGUGGGGGAGGACAGAAUGGGGCACGGGGUGAAUGGGAGUGCAGGGUCACGGGGGGAGGCAG